UUGACAUAUGGGCGGCUGUUUUAGAUUUUCCGAAUUUUCUCAUUUCGAUUAAAAUAAAAAUAUUUAAGACGUACAUUGGAUUACGAAUACUUCUCAAAUAAAUUCAAAUACUAAAGCAGCGCUAAAAAUGUCUCGUCAGACCUCUAGACUGGACGCUAAGAAAGUUAAUUCAGAACUGUUGACGCUCACCUACGGCGCUCUGGUGUCUCAGAUGUUGAAGGAGAUUGAUAAUACAGAUGAUGUGAAUAAGCAGCUUGAGAGAAUCGGGUAUAAUAUGGGUGUGCGUCUUAUUGAAGACUUCUUGGCCCGAACUACGUCCACCCGCUGUCUGGAGAUGAGGGAGACUGCUGAUAAAAUUCAGCAGGCAUUUAGGUUAUACCUAAACAUGCAGCCAACAGUGACCAGCUGGAGUAGUUCCGGGGAUGAGUUCUCGCUGGUCUGGGACCAGUGUCCGCUGAGCGAGUGGGUGGAGAUGCCCAACAACGGCCUUAAGUACUGCAUGCUGAUACCGGGGGCUAUUCGGGGCGCGUUGCAAAUGGUGCAGCUGGAAGUGCAGUGCUGGUUUGUUCAGGAUCAACUGAAAGGUGAUCCCGUGACCGAGCUCCGGGUCAAAUACAUCAAGAGGCUAGAAGACGCCGUGCCAGCUGGAGAGGACUAAACAUGGACUGUUAGUUAUUUUAUUAUUGUUUAUAUUAUACUCAAGCGGCUAGUUAAGAUUGCACUUUGUCCGCUUACUGGUUAUCAAUCACACAUACACUUUUAGUAAUCUUCCAGCAAAGAGUCUAUUCCCAUAUUAUAUAACGGCACUUUCAACCCCUCUCUGGCGGUCUAGCAUAAGUUCGCGAGUCCAUACUUGAAGUCGCGCUAGACGUAUGGAGUCGCGCGCGAGAACGCAACUCAUGCUAGACCAACUGGUGUUGUAAUGGUAAUUGCUUACCAUCAGGCGAAUUGCCUGCUUGUUUCUUCUCUCAUAAAAAAAAAACCCGGAUUUUUCAUGAAAAAUUAUAUUACCAAUAUUACCAUUAUCAUUAUACCAACACACGACUUGGUGAAAAUAUGAACUUUCGUGCGUGUUUUCUCACACCCACCAAAGACGGCGCCACAAUUAUGCACGAAGCGAAUAGUACUUCUUUGUUGGCAGCAAGUUCUGUAAAAAACUACAAGAUGGCGCUAUAUCAAACAAGUUUGCACGCCAUCUAUUGACGGAUAGCUGCCGACGGUAACAUUAAAAUGAUGGGUUUACUUUGUUUAUGAAUUGUGAUGCAAACAUGAGCAUAUGAAGAGCACAUCUAAUCUGUUAAAUAAUAAUAAAAGUACCAACACUAAAGAUUUUCCAAACAUAUUUAUAAAUUAAUAAAAACAACCUCAGGAGUUUGUUUUUAGUCAGGGGGCCGAUUUUUGAUAUUUGACCACUCGAUUUCGUGUAUUUCGUUAAAUGAUAUCUCCACUACUAGGCGUUUAAGUUCUACUUAUAGAAUUGAAAUCGAGUGGUCAAUACCACUAGAUUCCAAAUUUCGAUCGCUCGUAUUUCAAAAAUUAGCAUUUCGCCGUUUUCCGCUGAUUUUCGAGUGACGAAAUCGGCCGAUCGAAAUACAAAAAUCGGGCCCCAGGACUCAUAUGAUUGUGCUGUUCUGAAAAGAUCUUUAGUAGGUACCUACUCAUUUUAUUUGCUAAAUUGAAGAUUGAAAACUAAUCAUAAAUUAGUGGUUUUCCGGCUUAAAUAAAAAAAAAUUAAAAAAACUUACAGUUUUUAAGUUUAUUUUUUUUGGAAUUAACUAAGGCACCUUCAAUAUAUUAAGUGCAAAGCUUUGAAUAGUGUAGUCAUUUUGUAGUUAUUUUGUAGUCAUUUUUUGUAUUCUGUAUAUAAGUUAAAAUGCUAGUUUAAAUGAGAAUAAAAUAU